CAAUUUUGGCGACCGAGGGAUCAAGGGUUUUAGAGAAAAAGGUGUAACUUUUUUUAAGAGCAACUCAAAAUUAGUUAAAUGGCCAAGAUUGUGAGUCUUGUCUUGUCAAAUCGGAAAGUUAUGGCUUCCCAAAGUGAGUAUAAAAUGUUGCAGAUGUUAUGACGGGAAGUUACAGUACCAAACUCUCUAGAAUUCCCCGACUUUAUCCAUAUUUGCGCCAUUUUGAAAGAAACGUAACAUCGAAACUUUGCCAAUUUAAGAUGCUCUUUCCAGCAAUGUCAAUGUAUUUUCGCUACUAUGGCAAUAUCUAACGUUGAUGACAAAAAAUCGUGGAUAGCUUGACGUUUCUGUAAUUUUCGUGGUGAUUUCCAGAAAAUUCACGCGUGUUGCAGCAGUUAGGUUGUCAGCGGUAUUGCGUAUCACUCGUGACCAGACGGAAGAGUCGACGGAAGAAGAACGAUUCUUUAGACAACGCAACACAGAUUGAUCUGCUGGGAAAAGGAUGAUCGUAAAAGAUGGAAUGAAGAAAAUGUGGUACAGUCACCGAGAACUUUACAGGACAGAGGUUUCAAUGGAGAAGUUCCCAAGCUGACGUAUAAACAAAAUGAAGACUUCUUGAACACUUCUUGAUCAGGGGACCCUUCUGAAAACCACUACUUGGUGACUGGAUUUAUUUUGUUAUUGUUAUAUUAUUAUUUGUUUUUAUAUAUAGGAAUAAAAUUAUGUUAAAGCCAAAAGAUUUCAAUUCUGCUACCUUAAAAGAUAUGUUUUAAAGUAGUUUUCUUUCAGUUUGUGCAUUUUUUUAGUGUGCACUAUUUUGCUACUGUAAAAUGUUCUUGGUAAUCUUUUUUUUUUUAGAUAAAGUUUGCCAGGAGUACACGGCUGGUUUUCCUUUAGCCUCCGCUCAAUAAGAAGCUUGGUAUUGAACCUCUCCAACGAAAUGAUUUUAACGAUGAUUUUAACGGUGUAGAUCGAAAUCAUUUUUACAAGAAAGGUUUCAUAAAAAUACUUUUUGGGAAAAAGUAACAACAAGUAACUAAAUGCAUGUAACUGACUGACGAACCUAAAGACUGUGCACGUUAUGUAAUUCUUAGGCUGUGUGCUGUCUGGAGCAACUAUUUCAAAGGCAACUUAACCUCGUUCUUUUCCUCGUUUUUUGUUGUUUUGUUUGUUUUUCCCUCAUCCUCUCCACGUUUCAAAGGGAAAAUUUCCUCCUCAGACGGAGCGAGGAGCGUAGGGAGUUAUGGGCUUGUUGCAUUUCGCUGCCUAACCAUCAAGGCUUGCGCUCCCUGUUUCCCGCCUUUCAAUGACGAAUUGGAACGGCGCCAUUUUCGUCCCCAGUGCUACUCGUUUUAAAAUGUUUCGCCGACCACGUGGCUAAACGAAAUGGAGGCUCUGGGAACGAGAAUGAAAUGGCGGCUGGAGACGAGGCAAACAGGAUAUUUUCGUAUUCAUGAGGUGGUUUCACGGCGGCAUACAAUACUUCCUGAAAACGUCUACGAUUCCCGUCAGCUUCUUAUCAGAUCAGAAGCUCGUCGAGCUUUCUUAUGUCGAUUUUCUAAUUUAACACGCGGUGAUUCGAGCCGAAGGACAAUUUCCAUGAUUCAAUUACAGUUGCGUGUUUGCUUAUGAUAAAACACGUCGCGAAUUUGUCUAAACAACAUUAGCUUUUACGCUCCAUGCGGUGUUUCAAUCAUCUUUAACUGAAGCCUAAAGGGCACUAAAAAGCAUAGAAGAAACAUUAUGACUACAGCAAUUAAAAAUAGCACAUUGUCUUUGCACCCUGUUCUUGAACUUCCUAAAAUAAAUUCAACGUUGCAUGUAAGAUCUCUAAAAAUUAUUCAACCUCCUAAGUGAAACCUAUUACCGAGCCGUUUUAAGGAAAUAAUUAAAGAAUUUAUCUGCAAACUCAUAUGAUGUACUGAAAAGAUAACUUUGAAUGUAAAAUGGAAGUUACACAGAUCUAAAAGAUUCUACGGAUCAUGUCAGUCCAAAGGUUCUAAGUGUCCUGCUGAGCUCUAUAGUUUAAGGGGAAAUAUAGUAUAAACAUUUCAAUUUGUUUUGAUUUUUCAAAGUGAUAACUUAUUUUGUUAGAAAUUAACAUUAGUUAAGAGACACAACUGCAACAAAAUCCUUUAACAAAUGGAUCAACUUUGUUGCUGUUAAAGGCCAUUUGAUUUGUGAACUUCUAUGUACUUUCUUCAAUAAUUGGUCUCCUUUUGCUUUCAUCUGUAACUGAAACAAUUAAAUUCUGGGGUGUUAUCGCGAAAAUCAAGUCGUUUCCAAUAGUAACUUAACCAGGUGUUAAAAUAAUCUCACUGUUGCUAUCAUUUGCAUGCUUUCAGCCCAAAAUAGCUGUUUUAAAAAAUAUCCGGCGUUUGGAAUAAAAGCCUUGCCUUCUUUAGCCAUGUUAAGCCCUGGUCGUUCUUCGUCUUGUUCACCAGCCCUGAGUGACGGGCCGGAUUUUUUAGAGUUUGCUGUUAAUCACCUGUCUGUGGAUGACGAAAGUGAAUUUUUGUUUCCAGUUGUCGAAGAAAGGAAAUUUGGCGAUGGCCUCGUUAACGCGAGUGAUCAUUAUGAAACGAGAGAGGAGUUUCAACGCCUCGAGAAUGGAGCCGAUCAAGAUACUCCUGCGCAGUUGCAACAGCAAAAAGAAGGUGAAAACAGCAGAGAAGAAAACCCCAGCACAGAGACGAAGACGAAUUCAUCUGCCGGCUGCAAUGAACGGAAAUCGAGUACAGACAACAAACUGCCCAGUUCUGAACAAGACGAAACAUCUGCUGAAGACUUGAGCACUACAUGCAAAAUGUCAGCGAUGUCAGGGACUUCAGAUUUAAAAAUAAAGAGUAAACGUCCCAACGUUCCGGGAAGUUUUGAGGAGCUUGGAGCUGUCACUAAAUCUGCAGCCGUUUGGAAACGUCGCGUCUUUACUGAAAGUCAUAGCCACCGAUUUGAAAUUUCACACAAUAGGAAUAAGAGGAAUUCUGUGCGCAAACUGGGAGAUUGUUCUUUGUUGCGUAAUGUGCCUCAUAAUAAAGACAAAUACCCAAACAAACAGAGGAAGUUAGAUUUAUACGACGUUGUAACAAAUGUGUAUGCCAAAAAGAGAGAAUCCAAAAGAGAUUCAACGCUGAAAAGUGCCAGGUAUUUGAGCUUAGCAGAACGAAGCGGCGCGAAGUGGCUUCAAAAUACCGUCCGCUCCAAGAAAAUGGAAUUACCGCCAAUUGAUGUGGUUUCAAGGGAACGCUAUUUGACGCACUGGAUUCCACAGAAAAGCUUUCCUUCGCAUGGUGAAGUCAACGUUUUAAAUGAGUACAGUAAUGUUCAGAGGGACGCUCGCAAACAAUCGGAUUCAAACAGUAUAGUUUUAAAAUCAGUUUUGGAAACUCUUGAAGCUAUUCAUCUCAGUGGCCAAAACAGGGUGGAUGUACUCAAGCAUUCUUUAGCUUCACUGAGUCGCAAUAAUAAUCGAGCAAAUUUUAAGAAGAAAGCUUUGCCCCUGGUGAAAAGCGCUCUAGCUUUUAAACAUCAUGGUAACAAGUCAGAUGAGAGACCCUGAGGCACUUAUUUGUCACUAAAGUAAUUUAAAGAUCAGUUCGCAUAAUGGCAAAUCAAAAUACUAGCUUCGUCUGAUUAUACACAAGACUUUUAUGCGACGGAUCUCAUCUAUAUUUAAAACAUAUAAGUAUUGGUUUGACACACAGAGGACAAGAAAUGCCUUUUAAUCCACACGUUCAAGAGUAAUAAAUGUAUGUAAAUAAAAGUUGGAAUUCAGAUCUUCGUGUCUCACAUAAUCAAAAGUCAUGCACUUGUGAAAUAUUUAGAUUUUUUGGCUGGCUGCAGCGGGAAUAUUUAGAUUUUGUUUCCAAGAUUAAAGUAUAGCACGCAUCGUUUAUACCCUGUAACUGAUGCCUAUUUAUCUCGUCACAUUAAGUAUUUUACCGUUGUUGCAUAAUAAAGUUGAGUUUUUGUUCCAAAGUAGGGAUUUAUGCAGUGAGAUUAGCAAACUUGAAUGGUAACUUCCCCUGGUUAAUUUAAGGCGAUAUUCUUUUCAGUUCUCUAGACCUAAAUUCUAGCGCAAUGCAAUAAAUUUUGCAUACUUAGAAAAUCGUGGGGUCUUGCGGAUUAUCAGAAAGUGUCAAAUGGCCAAAAUUGGAGUACUUUUAUCGCCCAAAGUCGAAAGCAAGCGAUCAUCAAAUAGCUCGGUUACAGAAUAUAAAAAUUCAUGCCUGAAACGCAGAUUAGAAUAAUUUGUUUCAAGAUAUUUCUUUUUUAAAGACGGCUAAAAGGUGAGAAGUACUAAACACUUAAUGACUGGCCCUAAGGGAAACGGUGAGGUUUGUUUCUCCGAGAUCCUUAAGGGUUGAUGGGAAACAAAACUCAUUGUUUCCUGUGGGGUCAGUCAUUAAGUGUUUUGUUGUACCCUUCAAAC